AAUCUAUGGAAAAAAAAGCAAGCGAAACAGCUGAAGAUGAUGAUAACUUAUUUAAUUGCAUUCAAUUAAAUAAACCAAUUGUUCAUAUUAGUAGUAGUGAUAAGUCAAAUAUUUGGAAUGAUACAAAUUACGAAAUUAUGUCAGAUUUCAUUUCAGUAAAAUCAACUGUUACUUCUGGAAUUACUCCUACUUCAUAUAUAGAAGUCAAAAAAUUACAGAAAUUACUUAUCAGUCGAAAAGAUGAUAUUGAUCAUAUAUUAGAAUCACAGCCUGUUUAUGCUAUAGGAAUUGACUUCCAAAAAGAUUCUACCAGGCCGUGCAUUGCCUGUUGGGUUGAUAGACCUCUUGGAAUUCACAUUUUGGAAUGUCUUGAAACCUUAUUUGAGGAACAAUAUGAAGUUAUUUACCAAGUAAUACUUGUAGAUACGAUUGUUACUGUAGAUUCUGUUGAUCCAGUGAUUUUUCAAAAAUUUACCAUAACUGCUCGUAUUUGGGCAGAAAUUACAUCAUCUAAUAUUUUAGAAUUUGAGGUUGAUGUGCUUGAUUGUAAAACAGGAAAUAUGCUUAGUAGAACUAAUUCACCAUUAUUUAAAAAGCAUGGUUAUGGCUAUUUUAUUGAUUCUAUUGAAAUCUGUGUCUCUCCGAUUGCACGUACACCUAAUAAUAAUAUGAAGAGCUUGUUCACAACGAUAGGUGCUGCCUUUCCACAAAAGUUAAAUCGCAAUGUUGAACUCUCAACAGUUCGUGAAUCAAGUGUUGGUGGACAAUUUAACGGAGAGUUUGGAAUAGUCCCCAAAAUCGUAGCUCAAGCAAAUGGCAAUGUAAAAUAUGUUGACAGUGUUAAAUCAAUAUCAGAUGAGUGGGAUGUAAAUCAUUGUGGUUGUGGUACUACCGGAGAUUUGUGGUCACAUCAAUAUGCUGCUCAUGAACUUGAUAAAGAUGGAAGCCGCAGAACAAGUUAUUCUCCUGGAAAGCAUUCUAAUACGUGGCGAAUUUGGGAAGAGAUGGGUGAAUUUCGAAUGACUAUUACUCAAGUAUUACGUUAUAAGCCUGUCAAACAUAAAUUUUUUGUUUUUUCACGUCCAAAACUAAUAUUAUGCACCAUGAUUUCUCACAAUUUUGAAAUAACUUUUAAAGAUCUUGAAAAUUUAAAUACAAAAUUAGCAAAGCUCGAUAAUGGCGAGAUUUAUCGCAAUAAGAACGAUAUCAAUAUUAAAAAUCCAGACCCAAUUAUUCGGAAUUUGGAUGAAAGCAUCCGAAUGGAACAUUCAUUUGUAAAAAAUGUUUAA